AUGGUACAUUACCAGAAGCGUACUGCGGAGGUGCUCGACGCCUUCAUGAACGCCUUCACCCCACUUGACGCUAGCGUCGACACACUGGCGAAACCGCGGUUCCUGGAUGUGGGUUGCGGAGAUGGAAGCUUCACAUUAAACUUUCUUCUGCCGCGCUGUCUGCAUCAGUGUCAGAAACUUGUGGCUAUUGACAACUCGGCGGUGAGACUGGAUGCAGCGAGGCAACGCAACGGGCAUGAAAAAAUAGACUACCUCCAUCUCGACGUCGUCGAUGGUGACGUGGACGAAUUCGUGAAGGAACAUGGAACUUUCGCACGUGUCUACUGCUUCAACCUACUCCCGUGGGUCAAGGACACGGCUCAGGCUAUGAAGAAUAUUGAGAAACUCACGGCGCCGGGAGGGGAGUGCUUUGUCGUGUUCGAGCACUGCAUCGCUUUGUUUGAAGUGUACAUGGCUCUUGCUGAAUCGGCCCAGUGGAAGAAAUAUUCCGAGGUACGGAUGCAUGUAGUGGUGGUAUUGCUGCUGCUAGAAAAGGUACCUAACUCAGCUCGCAGCACGGAUAUGGGUUUCAUGAGGUCUCACCUGCUGAGUAUUCUGAACGAGACGGAACUGAAGCCUCUCGCCUGUGAAGUGCUACGCUUGCCAGUAGUCAACAUUCCAAACCUCAAGGAUGCUUCUGAUCGCAGCGUUCCUCACAACCCAAUCUAUCCAUAUCUAAACGACGAAGAAAAGAAAGAACUGGCAAAGUCCACCGCUGAUAUUUUUGCUGCGAGAGCAGAAGCAAUUGCGGAAGGGCGAAUCAGCAACUACCGAUUCACAUACGUUAUUCACGCCUGGAAGCCCGAUGCAUAA